GAGGGGUAAAGGGCUUCACGUGUAAGGAGUAAGGAGGUCUGUUUGGGAGCGUGCGCCAUGUGCUUGUGUACAGUCGGCAACCUUUUUCCAUGAUGAGAUAAGAGAUUAAAAAAGUAGUGAUGUUCCUCUCAUCUAAAAGCUCAUCUCACGGAUCUUGCCUCUCUCUCUCUCUCCUGCCUAUCCCAUCUUUCUCUAUAUAUCUUUCUCUAUAUAUAAAACACCCUUAGCUGUUACAGGGCCUAGAUAAUUCAGUCGUCGAGAUUUUCUAGGCUUGCAAGAUACACGCGCCUCUUCCUUCCCAGAAACACCCAAUACAAUGGCUUCUUGGAAAAAAACCAUCACAACCCCAUUCAAAAAAGCCUGCACUUUCUUCAACCAGCAGCCGAGGGAUCAAAAGAAGCCACAACCAGAGAAUGAGAAUCGUGCGUUGGAUUUGCAUGGUGAAGUGAUGGCAUGCGCUUAUGAAGAUGUUCAGGUGAUGUGGUCAAUUCUGGACAAGUCCAAGUCCACAUCCUGCAAUAUUACUUCUUGAUAUAUCAACCCAAAGCCUCCACCCCCAAAGGAAAUUAAAAACCA